AAUUACCGUCAUGACACCUGUCAUCUCUGACUGCUGCUACAGCUGUGAUCGGGGCAUGUCACAUAAGUCAGUGUAGGUAUGUUGAACUUGUUUCCUGCUUUUCCAUCAUUCCGUCACUGCAAGUUUAAAAGCUGAGAAAACUUCAAAUCAAAUAAGUAAUUUAAAGUCUUCAUUAAUUUUAGGAAGUUGUGGAGGAUGUCACUGUGAGGAUUUCUCAACAAACUGCUUUUUGACUUGUGGACGAUUCAGACAAUCACUUCAGAGGAACACACGCCGAGGGGUGAGUUAAAUAUGGAAAAAGGCAAUAACAAAAAAAAACUUAAAUAUUAAAAAUAUUACAAGCUGGACAGUUAUUUUCAGAAAUAGAGCAACAGAAAUAUAGUAUUUUCCAUUUUUUAUACUUAAAGAUACAGGCCAAUGCAAAGACUUCGUCAAUCAUCUGUAACAGUUUUGUCAUACUAGAGAUGCCAUUGCAGCCUAAUGUACAAAAUGUACUUGAUGUACUCUUGCACAACUUGGGAAUGCUUGGCUGUAAAAAAAAAAAAAGAAAAAUGUUGCAAUAUAGGUGUUUCUAUCCCCUGCUGUAAAAGUGGACCUCAAGUCCAAGUCAACCAUAAAAACUAUGGAAACUUAAAGCAGAAAUACAUUUGUUUUCUUUAUUUACCCAGUAGAUAUUGAGUUCAUUUUAACUGUUUUCUCAAAAUCUCCACCCAACAACUCAUAUCCUCCAAAAUGCAAAAGCACAAAAAAAUCUCAAGAAACAAGAUAAAUCAACCCAUUAAAAGAAGAAAAAAAGAAAACGAGUCUAACAAAAUAAUAAAGAUAAUAAUAAUAAUCAUAAUAACAAGUUCACCUUGACAAAGAAAAAAAAAGAAAUUAACAUGUUAAAUUAUUCAAGGCUAAAUUGAAUGAUCUGUUUCUUAUUUGUUUGACUGUCUUACCUGGAAAAAAGUGAAUGUUCAAAAUAUCAUUAUGGGUCUCUAAUAUUAUCUUCAAUUAUUAUUUUAACAGAUGGAGAAAGCACCUCGGCCAACACUGUUUGACUUCCAUGGGGUCUCAAUGACUAAAUAUUUCACAGAAAACUGGGAAAACACACAAAAUGUCGAAGCCAGGCCAGAUGAUAUCCUCGUAGCCACCUACCCUAAAGCAGGUGAGAUUCUUUGAGAAACUUCAUCUUGGUUUAUUCUAAAUCAUUUAAUGUUGAUUGUACUGGAUUGUUAUACCUUUUUGUUCAAACAUCAGUCUGCUGAACCAUAUGCUUGUAUUUACUCUCAGGAACCACAUGGGUGUCUUACAUUCUGGAUCUUCUUCAUUUUGGGCGGAUAUGUCCAGAGCGUCAGGAGUCCAUUCCUAUUCACGCGAGAGUGCCAUUCCUGGAGUACGGCAUAAAGUCUCAAAUCACAGGUUAAAUCAUGUCUUAAAAAUGAUUGAAAAAACCUUGUUUGCAUUAGGCAGCUGGUGCAAGAUCUGUGACACAACUAUGUUUUAAAACUGUACACUUUGGAGUUGAGGCCAAAGGCACAUGUGUGAUAGUCAUGCUGUUUCAUCAACCUGUCAGCUGAAGGGAUGAUUGUGGCAGAGUCAAACAGCAUUAGAGAGAAAUGACACUUCUAUGCAUAAAAAAUCUUGCAGGUGUUUGCUUUCUGCUUUUCAAAAAACAAGUGAAAACUUGACACAACUCCUGUACUUCACCACUAUCCUUUUCUUGAGAUUUCUGUGCAUGUUUUACUAUUUUAAGGUUUAAUCUACACACAAUGUACAAAGUCCUGAAACAGGACUCUGUACCUUUCAGCCACAGAUCAGUUUUGUUUGCAUACCUAGGACAUAAAGGAAGCUCAGAUUCAUCUUUCUUUAGCAGCAGGAAACUCUACUUUGUGUUUUUAAUGUGAUCAUGCACUUAUAGCACAGGACCAGUCCAAAAAAAGAGCACCUUGAGAAGUGAAGUGAUGAAUAGUUUUGACAGGUGUACUUGGUGACACUGUUUUGAAUGAUAAAGCCGGUGUUUGUGCAGUAAUGUUAAACUGAUUAAGCUUGUAUUGUUUGAUGGUAUUCAAACAGGUAUAAUUUGGAGCUAAUGAUCAAUGCUUCUGAUUUUAAAGGUAAGGACUUGGUGGAUCAACUGCCCACCUCUCCUCGUCUCAUUAAAACUCAUCUACCAGUUCAGUUUAUACCCAAGUCCUUCUGGGAGCAGAACUGCAGGGUAAUACCUAAAUACAUACAGUUAGUCAACAUGUGAUAUCUAUGAAUUUUGAAGUCUACACAAUGCAUUCUAUUCAGUGUUUUCUCUUUGUGUAGAUAGUGUAUGUCGCUCGUAACGCAAAGGACUGCGCUGUGUCAUAUUUCCAUUUUGGUCGGAUGAACAGUAUCCAGCCAGAGCCUGGGGACUGGAACACAUUCCUGCGUGAUUUCAUGGAGGGAAAAGGUGAGUUUGUGCAGAUAAAGUUGUUCAGGUUGCACUGAUACUAUGGCUGUAGUCUUUGUCACUGUGGUUGCUGGUUUGACUUCCAGCCACCACCUUCUGCUGUUUGUUAUCCUCCACUCUCUAAUCCCAACAUCUCUUGCCUUCCUGUUGUCCUGAUGAAGGAAAAAAAAUCCCUGAAAACAAACAAAAAAAAAAAAACAGAUUAAAAAAGAUAAUAAUGAGAAAAUAUUCACCCUCAAGGUCCUCUAACACCUAUUAUUUGAUCUCAGUGGUGUUCGGGUCCUGGUUUGACCAUGUGACUGGCUGGUGGGAGAAGAAACAGACUCACCCACAGGUUCUCUACCUGUUCUAUGAAGAUCUGAUCGAGGUGAGCUCAGCUACCUUCAAUGGCUCUUUAAAAAGUAAUUACUUCAUACUUUUACUUUAACUGACUUAGAAAAUAAAGCCUUUACUUUUUGUCAUUUAUGGAAACAUUUCUGUUGGAUGCUUCUUUGUAUGUUCAGUAUGGUGGUAAGCUUAGGGUGGCAUAAAGGUGGGAACCAUAAAGAAAUAUUGAGUCUAAAUCCUCCUGGGAGUUGCAAAAACUGAAACUCAAGAAAGUUAAGCUUGAAAAGUAGGUUUUAGGAAACUGGGUAAGGGAGGACAUCUAGUGGACUAUUUCAGAAUUGCAGAUAAAAAAAGUUCUGAAGUUGUUUUUCUACAGUUGGGUUUGAUUGUAAACUUUUCCUGUACAAAUUUCAGAUCUCUAUCAUAUUUCUUACUUUAUUCUCUAAAAGAACUGAAUGUCAUUUUGUCAUGUAACCAAAUCAGUGCGCUAAAGAGCUGUUCUAAUACAAGUAUUACGACCUUUAUCAUACUAAUUUCAUUGACCACUUUAUAGGGGAGAGUGGGGUAAGAUGAGCCAUUUCUCAUAUUUUGGAUCACUACAUCGAGGCAAUCAUAGUUUUGUCUCUAACUAGUGAAUCUGCAUAUAUUUCAAGAUGUUGUGCAUCCCUGCAAACCAACAAAAUGAGUGUAAACAUAACUGUCUUGAUAAUAUAGCAUGACAUAAAAGUGAAGAAGAAACUGGGGGUGGCUAAACUUACCCUUCGGCUCAACUUACCCCACUCUCCCCUAUAUUUCAUAUUGUCUCUUAAAACUGAUGCAGAGUUUUUAACAUUUUUCGCAGGACACCAGACGGGAAAUAGAUCGACUCUGCUCCUUCCUAGAUUUGUCUCUGUCAGUGGAGGAGAAACAACAUGUCGUCAACAGAGUGAAGUUUGAUAACAUGAAACAUAACAAAAUGACUAACUACUCCACUGUGCCACUCAUGGACCAGAAGGUGUCUCCUUUCAUGCGAAAAGGUAGGCUACAACUGUUCACUGGGACUUGUAGUUCAGUUUAUCAUGUUAUUUUUUAUCACCUGAGUGAUCCUGUUUGUUUCUCAAGGAAAAGUUGGUGACUGGAGGAAUCAUUUCACUGUGGCCCAAGAUGAAGAGUUCAAUGAAUACUACAAGCAGAAAAUGAAGAAUUCCACGCUGCAGUUUCGAACUGUAUAAUAACUAAGUUUGCGCCUUAAACCAUUUUUAAUGUUAUACUGUCAUUUCCACUGUGGGAGAAGUGACAGUGACAGUCCAUGAAAAUCAGUGCAAAAUAAUUUGGAAUCAAUUUUAGAGUCACAUUUUAUUGUCAAAUUAAAUUUAGCCUCAGGUUAAAGAAAUAAAGUUUUACACAAAUUGAUUGCUUCUUUUUAGAUUCUUUUGGGGGCAUUGUGUCAAAUACUUGAUUUUAAUUGGUCAAAUAAAUAAUCACGCAUAUCACACAUAUAAUGUAUUCGUCUGCAGACAUUAAUUACAUCAAAUCUAAUGAUUUUUUUUACAAUUUUACGUCUAACUGUGACAAAAAUGUUUCCUUCCUUCGUGGAGAAUACUUAUAUAACUACACUCAGCACUCAAAAACAACAGGAGGUUAUUUUUCUGUUUUUUUUGAAAAGCCCAGUCUUUGAGUUUGAAAUGACUUUUAUGCCAAAAUGUUGUCACGCUAUCCCUCAAACCCUGCCCUCUUAUUAAAAUGUCUCCCGUCUUUUUUGUUAUGUUUUUCAUUUAUGUCUUUUGUUAGUUUCUCAUUAUAGUUUAUCAAACAGCUUCUUUUGUGUUUCUGCCCAAGUCUUCCAUGUCUUUGUGUAUUUGUCCUUACUUUGUGUUCCACUUUUAUUUUUUUCACCUUUGUUUUGUUAUUCUCCCCAUGUGUCCUCACUCUCCCUGCUCCCCCCCCCCCCCCCCUUUCUGCAUGAGUUUGAUGUGUCAGCUUUCCUUGUACGGUUUCCUCAUGGCUCUUCCUGUUUACCUUUAGACUUUUUGUUUUCAUUGGGUGGUUACUCUAGACUUUGUCAGAGUGGGCCUUUCCUUUGUUUAAUUUUGUUCAAUGAUUUUGGCUUCAAGUCUGCGUGG